CUCCGCAAGAUUCCAGGUCCUUUCGCAGGUAGAUUAACUGAGUUGUGGAGAGUAACAAAAUAUCUAAAGGGUAACUGGUAUAACGAUAUUUUGGAGCUUCACCGAAAGUAUAGGCUAAUUGUGCGAGUGGCACCUAACGAGGUCGCCUUCAUGGAUAAGGCGGGUUUCACCAAGAUCUACGGCCACUCAUCC